AGUCUCACAGAUUUGAGACAAUGGCUGCAAAGCUAUAAAGCGGCAAAUAGUGUUUUAUUUUUAAUAUUUCGCAAAAUAUGAGACUUUAAUCAAAAUGGAUCGGUUGAUUAAUUCUAAAGUGGAUAAGCAUUCCAUCUAUGAGAUUUAUAGAGCAUGCCGUCUUUGUGGAGCUGGUGCUGGCUACAAAAUGCCAAUAAUUCAGAACGUCAUCGAUAUUGAUGGUGAAGAAGUGGAUUUGAAGCAGAAAAUACGAGAAUGUGUUCAAAUAGAGGUUCAUCAAGAUGAUAAAAUGCCGCCUUUAAUAUGUGAGCUAUGUGUGGAUAAAGUGAAUGACUUCUAUGUAUUUCUGGAAAUGUGUCAACAGACUAACAAACGGACUAGGCAACGACUGGGUCUGCCAUUACAAACUACACACAAAGGAACGUCUGAUUCAGGUGAUUGCAUAUUAGGUGUGACCGAGCCGGUCUAUGUGAACGAGGACUCCGAUGAACCUUUGUCUAGGUCGUCAACAAGGAAUGUGAAAUUUAAAGGAUCUAAAGUGAAAAAGCCAGAAAUUAAAGUGGAAAACAGUCGUGAUAGUAGAGUCUCGCGUAAUUCUAAACACAUAGAAAGCACAAAGAGUGGUUCUCAGAAACGAACUCGAUCGCCUGAAAUAGGCUCCCGGUCUACUAGACAACGCAACAACUCCAAUGAAGACAAUCUCACGCUAAGCAAUCUCAGGCAUCAGUCUAGAAAUAAAAGGUCGCCGACGGGUCUCCCCCCACCACCGAAGUCAAUACUGAAGAAGGAGUCAAAGGUAGAUGACAGGUUGGGUUUGAGGUCGAAGCGCACUCAAGAAUCAAUGAAGUCAGCAGUUCCACCGAAGAAAGUAAAGUUGGCUGUGAAGAUGCCUCAGAAGCCGGAGCGUAGGGCUCCGCCCUCCCCCCCAGGCAUCAAGUGUAACAUAUGCAAAUAUCACUCCAAAACACCACAGGCCAACGCUAACCAUAUGAGGAGUCAUACGGUCACCUUCACCAGUAAUAAAUUGUCAUGUAACUCGUGUCGUGAAUGGUUCGCGGAUGCUGACGCGGCGGCAGAUCAUCACAGGCGGCAUAAAGCACGCUCCAAAGCUUACAUAUGCCGCGCAUGCAAGAGGCACUAUCAGACAUACCAUCCAUAUCUCACGCAUACUCAGUCAGGCGAUUGUGUCCCGUGGGAAGAAGUCCCCGAUGUCAAAUGUGACGAAUGCUGGAAAUAUUUCCCCACUGACAAUCUGAGGACACAGCACAAGUGUCCCGGCGUGGACGGACGGCCCGGCGGAAAGUGCUCGAAGUGCAGUCGUGCCUAUGCUUUGUUGAAGAAUUUGAAGAAACACGAGAGCAUGUGCAGUACGAGAAAGAGAGGUGAACCGGAUAUUGAUCCAGCGCUGUUGGCCAAAUUGAAACCGGUGCGGAUACUGACGGUGCGCUGCGAUCCGUUGCUGGACAAACAGAUCGACGGACAUUACCGAGUCGCCGAUGUGCCACACAACUACGGUCUAGAUCCAGCUUCAAUCUACCCGUAUAUAAAUUCAGCUUCUCUCAACUUCAAUAGAAUGGUCAACAUAAAGUCUGAAUUGGACUUCUACUGCGAAGAAGACUACGUCCAUUGGGACUCUGACGUCAGCAGCGACGAUGACGUCACAGAAAAGGACAGCAAAGUGUACAGCCUAUCCGUUUUAGCGCUCAAAACGUUGUUCUCGCAGAAAUGUUUAGGCAGAGUACCAAGAAAGAGGAGGAGGAUCAAAACUGAGAAGAGUGUGUUCGAUUCGAUUAUGGGUAACGAUUUCGAUAUGAGUAAAGAUAUCGAUAGUAUAAUCGAUAAUCUCGGCGAUGAUGAUAAUGUGGAUGUAUCGAGAGAUGAUGGUAGAAAGCUUAAUGAAGAUGACGGGACUGCGAAAGAACAGGUUAGUGAAACUGACAAUGCUCCUGUUAAUAUUUUAGAUGAUAGAGUUAAUGAAGUAGAUACUGAGAAAUCUGAGGACGUUAGCACUGAUAUUAUUGAAGAUAAGUCUACUGAAAAUAUAGAUAAUAGUGAAAACAAAGACGAUGCAAAUGAAAGUGAAUCAAAGGAAGUCGAUGCAGAGAAACUAUCUAAUAAAACUGUCGAACUAGAUAAUAGUACUAGUGAGCUAAGUAAAGAUAUCGGAACUGAUAAGGAAUCUAUUUUAGACAAUAAGGAUGUAGAACUAGAAGAAAUUGAAAGGAAGGAGACACUUGUAGACGCGAAUGUGAUAUCAAACGCGGAUCAAAAGAUAUCUCAAAUAGAAGAUAAACUAGAAGACAGUGAGAGAAAUGACGAAAUCAAACAGUCAACAGACGAAUCAGACUGUAUACCGAAUAAUAAGAACAUAGAACAAGAAAGCGUCGAGUCAAAAGAAGAUAUUAAUAAUGUGGAUGAUGAUAAAAAUAAAAAUGAAGAAACUAAAGAUGAUUUGAAUGAAAAUAUCACUGUUAACUCACAAUCUGUAGAUUUUAAUAAAGAUGAACAUAUUAAUGAUGGUGUCAUAUUAAAUAGUGAUAAAGAAGUGCUUAAUGAAGUUAGUAAUUCACAAACAACAGAUAAUCUAGAUGAAACAGAUAAUGUUAAUGGCAGAUUAAGCAAUGACAACUUAAAAACAAUAGACACUGAUAGUAAUGACGUGUCUUUUAAAACCGAUGUUAUAUUAGAUAAAGAAGAAAUCGAUACUAACAAUACAGAUAUUCACGAAAAUUCCGAUGUAACUGAUCCAAAUGAAACAGAUAAAUAUAAUGACAGCAGUGAAGAGAAAUCAGAUAAAUUGAAUAUGGAAGAUUUCAAUGAAGUGUGCGAUUCAGAAAUAGAUGAUAAGAAACUCAUGGAAGCGUUAGAUGAACACAUUGGAGAGUCCAAGGAAAAUAAUUAUGGAAAAUGUGAUGUAAAUAAUGAUAGCACAGUUGAUGGAGUUGAUAAAUCUAUUGAUAAUGACAUUAAAUCGGUGGAAGAUGCGAGUGAAAACAUAAAAGCUGUUAAGAAAGUGUACGAUAGUAAUGUCAAUGAGCAAAACAAGAUUACUUUAGAUGACUUACUACCAAAAAAAGUUGGCAACACCCCAUCGAUGGAUUUGGAUAAUAUAUCCGAUGAUGAACUAAAUUUUGAAUAAAGCUUGUGCACAUACGACGAGGAUACGUCGCUUGUGAUCGCUCGCGAGUCGCCGUAACUUAUUAAUCCAAGAGUUUACAUUUCAAAAUAGGGGUGAAAU